AUGGUGCGACCAUUACCGCCCGGUUUGCAAAAAGUUGCAAUUGAAGAACUUCACGAAGAUCCUGCUCGAGUGCAGGAUGAUAUAGAUGCUCUAAAGACAUGGAUUCAGCAACAACCCCAUUUGAGGGCACGUACCGAUGAUCAAUUUCUAGUGGCGUUUCUGCGUGGCUGUAAAUACAGUUUGGAAAAGGCCAAAUCCAAAAUCGACAAAUAUUAUAUGUUACGUUCCAAAUUUCCGGAAUUGUUUUCAUUGCGGGAUGUCGAUGAACCAAAGAUACAAGAAAUCAUUAAAUUGGGAAUUGGCAUUGCCUUACCCACACCACUUAAUGAAGAUGGCCCCCGCAUAAUGCUUGUACGCAAUGGCUGUUAUGAUCCGGAAAAAUACAACUUUGCCGAUAUAAUGCGUGUCUUCCAGGCCUGGAAUGAAAUCCUAAUGUGGGAAGAUGAUUAUGCCAUUGUUAACGGCUUCAUGGUCGUCUAUGGUUCAAAUUUGGAUAAAUUUUAUGAAAAAAUACCUCAGAAAUAUUUGCCCAAAGAAUAUGGCGGUGAAAAUGGUUCAAUUCCCGAAAUUAUUGCCGAAUGGGAACAGAAAUUCCAGGCAUACAAGGAAUAUUUUAAAGAGGAUGCCAAAUAUGGUACCGAUGAACACCUGAGACCGGGUAAACCUAUUGAUUUUGAUAAUCUGUUUGGUAUGGAGGGUUCUUUCCGCAAACUUAAUGUAGAUUAG